CCCGACCCGCCGAGCUCUCCCGGCAAAUCAUUAAUCGGCUCCUCGGCAUUCCCGCAUGGAAAAAUGUCCCAGCGGGUGCCCCCGGGCUGGCACUCGGACAUGCAGCUCCCCGGGAAGCUGCUCCUGUCGGCGGCCGCGCUGCUGCUCCUGUCCCUGGCCUUCAGGUUUUACAGGAACCGCUCUUCUCCCCCGGGAAAAAUCCCGCCGGGAGAGCAGCUGGAAAAGCGGGAGAGUGAGGAGGAGGAGGAGGAGGAGGAAGGAGAGGAGGAGGGUUGGGAGCUGGGCUUGAUUCCCAGGAAAGCCCCGCGAGGUCCGGCCGGGAUGGGAAGGGAGUUGGGAAGGGAACUGGGAUGGGAGUUGGGAGGUAAAUCAGAAAGAGAAGCAGGGGUUGGGCUGGGGGGUGAUCCCGGGAGUGGGACGGGAAGGGAGCUGGGAAAAGGACCGGGAAGAGAGCUGGGAAAAGAGCUGGGAAUCAAGCCGAGAAACAAUCCAGGAAGAAAGCCAGGAAGCAAACUGGUAACGAAGCCAGGAAAUGAGUCGGGAAGUGAGCAGGAAAAGGAGCCGGGAAAUAAAUUGGGAAUUAAGUCAGGAAUGGAACUGAGAAGUGAGCAGGGAAGCGAACCAGGAAGCGAGUCGGGAAUUUCGCUGGGAAGCGAGCUGGGAGGCAAGGCAGGAAUCGAGGUGGGAGGUGAGAUGGGAAUUUGGCCGGGAAGCGAGCCGGGAAUUUGGCCGGGAAGCGAGCUGGGCUCUGAGGGCCCCGAGGAUGGGGACGGAGCUGCCCCGAGCUCCGGGCGCUCCCCGGGGCCUGGCGAUGCCCGGACAGAAGGGGAUGGAUGUGCCCGGAGCACGGAGCAGGCUCCGGCCGGAGCCGGGAGGAGCAGCAAGGGCAGCACGGGGACCGUCCGGACCCUCAGCGUCACCUCCAACCUGGGGCUGCUGCUGACGGCGAGCGAGGCGGGCUCGGACACCUCCUACCGCUUCUCCUCGGUGGCCAAGAUCCAGGUGGAGGAAAACUUCAUCCCGGAGCGCCGGGACAAGGACGGGGACAGGCCUGGCCUGCGGGGCAAAGUCUACGACUAUUUCGUGCAGUCCAUCUCCGAGUCGGUGUCCAGGAGAACCUCCCUGCCCUUCGUCCCUGCCGGGACCUCCCGGGGCCGGGCAGAGCCGCAGAGCUCCGGAACCCACGCGGAGAACCCAGCCUUGGAAAUUCCUGAUCCCGCGGGGCUGUGGUACCGCUGUGCCAGCCGCCCCCUGGGCGAGCCGGCCGGGCUGAGCUGCGCCGCCCUGGGCGGCCUCAUCCACUGCCUGGGCCGGGGUUUCCAUCUGCGCUUCCUCGCCGAUCCCGUCUCGCCGCGCUUCGGGGCCAAGGAGCUGCGGCCGUUCCCGGAGCCGCACGGGAACCUCCUGCCCGCGGUGCUGGCGCUGCCCGAGGCGGGCGCGGAGCCUCCGCCGCACUGA